UAUAUCGAUAGUGCGCAGUUAUCGUGUCCGUAACCUAAGGGCAAAUAUCAUUAUUAAUUAGCAAAAGUAUAAAUUGUUAUUAUGAUUCGGAACUUAGGUAACGUUUUUGGUGCGUAUCGACGCAUACAACUGUGUCAACGUGAAAAGGCUGUAGCAGGGCUUCGAUUGAGCCAUGUAGUUUCGUACAGAGAAGUCCCUUUGAAGCAAUCUGCAAUAACUGAAGUUGGUGCUGAAAUUGUUGGUGCUGCAAUGUGGUGGUGGAUUUUAUGGCAUUUGUGGCACGAAUCCGAGCAUAUUACGGUAAUUACUGGUCCAUCUAAAAAUUUUAUGAAAUAGUCCGCAAAAUGCCAG